AUGAUGAACGCCUCAAUACAAACGGACUAUGUGAAAGUGAUUGUUUCUUGUUUGAACUAUGAACAUGAAGGUAUAUCGAGGAUUGUCCUACAGAAGGCGCUAACGUCAACAAGUGAGGUUGCUAGAAGAUGGUGUACGAGAUUUGUUGGCGCUUUAGCAUCCCUACAACUUCCUGAUUUCGGAAAAUGGGGUAUGCGUUUGUUGCUGGGACAGCUAGCUGAUCCAUGCGUAAAAGUGGUUCGACAUGCCAUUCGCUUACUACAUGUAUGGCUACCGUUAUAUCCUGAAGCUGUGCGCUAUCUGCGAAAUAUAAAUUUGGAUAAUUUUGGAGAAGCCGGAAUUCUACUACAAGCCCAUAUAUAUUCAAUUGAGGAAUUCUGUUCUGAUGAUGAAGAGGGCUGCCGGAAUGCAAUUUCACUUUGGAUGACGUCAUUAAAUGAACGAUACAUACAGAUGAUAGAUGAUGAAAUGAGAACUUCAUUACUAUCAGUUAAACGUACAUUAGAUGGAUCCUUUAGUAGGACAAGUAGUGAGAGACUCGAAAAGUUUGGUAUUCGAUGUACUAUUCAUCUUUUUGGAGCACUGGCCCGACAUACAACAGGACGACGACUAUUAAUGGAAUUGCGAAUUGUAAAAAGUCUGAUGAACAAUCUGGAGGAUGAUGAAGAAUCGUAUAAGGUUAAAGGAGCUCUUAUUGCUCUCGGACACAUAGGUGGAGCUGAGAAUGGCAUCUCUUUGUUCAUGUCAUCUACAUUGGCGAAGAUUCUCAAACUUUGUGAAGAAUCUCCUGUGUUAUCGAUACGUGGAACUGCAUUUUGGGCUUUGAACAUUCUCGGUGCUUCUGUUGGAGGUGCGAGUGCCUUAGCCAAGUUCGGAUGGGAAAGUAAUCGUCAUCGCUCUGUCAUUGAGGAAGUACAGUUGGAAACAGAGCGUUCUGAUCGUGUUACAGACUUGAGAAAAGGAACUAUAACGCCUAAUAUUCCGGAGAUUAUAUCUGAGGAAGUCACUUUCACACCUUCCCAUGUGAACAAGACGAGAUCAAGAUCUAACAGCGAUAUAGCGUCAUGUGUGUAUUCUCCUGGAAGAGUUGGAUUACAUAAAAGUAGGAGUGAGACAGCGUUAAGCACUUUACUAGAACCAUCUUAUUCCUCGAUGGAAUCCAUAAGUGUUGAGGCGGGAGCUCGUAAUGAGAGAACAUUAACGGGCGAGUCUGCAGUUACGAGUGCAUUGAGCUCUAUGAUCGAUGAUUCAAGCACAUCUCGUAGAAGAGCAACAACUACCGGAUCUUUGGGCGAUGAAUGGGAAACACGAUCAAGAUCGUCCACUGUUGCCCCUUAUGUGUCUUAUACGAUAGGGAAUGAACGUCGAGUAGAUAUAGAUCCCCUUUCGGACGUUAAAGUGGAACCCCAUUUUUCAACUCGUUUGCGUGAGAAACAUAGGUUGGCUCCGAUGCCUUUACGACGGUGCCUUCAAGUGAAUCGGAACAUUGGUGACCCCGUUUGCUACUUCUUCAUGACGGAUGCUGAGGAACAGAGUCUGUCACUUUACCGUCAUGCUGUAAUGGAAGACACCGUUACUUAUCCUGUAUUGGAAUGGCAGUCGUCUCAGAGUGAGAAAGUAUCUCCAAACAUGGUGAACUUCCACAUAACAGCAUUGCCGAUUGAUGUCGAUGUAAUGUGUAUGAAUAUCUUUUCUCCGCGAUCAUACCAUGCUUCCAUUAUUAGUGAAAUGGAAGAUCGUGGAGCUAAAAGUGGUCAUGGAGGCCGAAGCCAGCGAACAGACGCGGAUUUAACACAUUCCGCACUGCGAUGUUUCUAUUGUAGUGCAAACACAGAAAAGUAUCCACUGCCAACUGAUGUUGACGUAGCUCGUCUUAGAAGACAUGUUUUAAACCAUGUCGAUAUGCUUGAAAUUAAAGAGAUUGGUCCAGAAAAGCAUUUGCUGAGUUUACGAGCUGCUCAUUCCUGGUUAUUCGAAUGGCCAUGUUUAUAUGCGGAUGUCUUAGAGCUAUUAGACGAGUAUAGAUUCAAAGCUCGUUCUCGAGCUUUUCUUCAGGAAAUUUUUUAUAACGCUUUGAAGUUAUAG